AUGAGUGUACCUGCAGCAACGGCACAGAAAUCAGACGGCAACAACAGUGAAAUGCAAUCAGCUGCAGUGGCUCCCUCCUUCCUCCCCAGCCAGUCGGGGAAGAUACCGGGCAGGAAGAGAGGGAGACCCCCACUCCGCAAUGUCGCUAAGAUGGAUUUUCCCAACCGCUACCCAGAAUCGCUGCCUCCGCUCAAAGUGCCAAAGAAGAGGGGGAGAAAGCCGGGCAUCAAGCUCAAACCCAGGAUGGUGAUGACGCCGUUGGCUAUUUCUCCACCCAGCAGCACUCCAGAGCCAGAUAUGAGCUCCAUCCCUCAGGAUGCCGCCACCAUCCCUCACUCUGCCACGCCCCAGGUGCUCACAGUGUGUAUCUACAUCAACAAGCAGGCCAACACGGGCCCCAACCUGGACAGGAAGAAGAUCCAGCAGCUCCCCGAUCACUUUGGACCCGACCGGCCCUCGGUGGUGCUGCAGCAGGCCGUCCAGGGCUGCAUCGACAGCGCCUUCCAGCAGAAAACAGUGUUCACGCUCCUCACACAAGGCUACGGGGGAGAAAAAAUAUCAGCCACGUUUGACGGGAAGCAGCACCUUCUGAGCCUCCCUGUGGUCAACAGUAUUGACUAUGUGCUUCGUUUUCUGAAGAAACUCUGUCGCAGCUUGCACUGUGAGAACCUCUUCAGUGAUCAGCCCAUCACCCAGCACAGUGGCCGCUCCUACCAGUCAGAUGCUGAGACAUCCAUGGCAGACGACUACCACUUAGACCAAUCAGACGGCAAACGCUACUCCAUGGACCCUGGCGAUUCUGCUUUCGGCUCCAUAAGCUCGUCCUACUCGCCAAAGUCCUCCUACGGGUUCCGUUCAUCACAGCAGUUCUCCAACGGCUCAGCCUCCAUGAGCAUGUGCAGGCAGUCGUCAACCAGCCCAAGCACGUUCCCAGAGAGCAACAGGACAGGAUACAGUGCAUCUCCAGAGUCCCAGGAGUCCAAAGCUCCGCACAAUAAAGACCCAACCACCUGGUCUGUGGAAGAGGUCGUCUGGUUCAUCAGGGACGCAGACCCACACGCUCUUGGGCCUCAUGCGGAUGUCUUUAGAAAACAUGAGAUUGAUGGAAACGCUUUGCUACUCCUGAAGAGUGACAUGAUCAUGAAGUACCUCGGACUGAAGCUGGGGCCGGCCUUGAAGCUUUGCUACCACAUCGACAAACUAAAGCAGAUAAAGUUCUGA